UCCCACCAUUCACAUUCUUCAAACCCAUGCAACCAUACCCUAAACUCUCAACAACAAUGGCUUCUAUCUACUACCAUUUCACCAUUAUUCUCUUCUCUUUUCUCAUGCUCUCCUCUCUUCCUCAACCUUCCAUCGCCACGUCACGCAUGCUCGCCCUUGUAAACCAACCCCCAGUGAUCCUCAAGUACCACAAUGGCCAACUCCUCAAAGGAAACAUCACCGUUAAUCUCCUAUGGUACGGGAAGUUCACCCCAAUCCAACGCUCCAUACUCGUCGACUUCUUGCUCUCUCUUAAUCACAAGUCGCCACGUCAGCCCUCCGUGAACACGUGGUGGAGCACCACUGGAUUAUACAAAGGCGGCCCGUCAAACCUCGUCGUAGGUAACCAAAUCCUCGACGAGAAAUACUCCCUCGGAAAAUCCUUAAAAAACAGACAAGUACAGCGCCUGGGUUUAAAAGCAGGGGGACACAGCAAAAGCACUGCCACGCUCAGCUUGGUCCUCACGUCUGCUGACGUGGCGGUCGAGGAUUUCUGCAUGAGCGCGUGUGGGAUUCACGGCUACGUGCGGUACAAGAAGGUGAGGUACGCUUACGCGUGGGUGGGCAACUCGGAGACCCAAUGCCCGGGCCAGUGCGCGUGGCCAUUUCACCAACCGCUGUACGGGCCGCAAACACCGCCGUUAGUUGCGCCUAACGGAGACGUUGGAGUUGACGGAAUGGUUAUCAAUUUGGGCACGGUUUUGGCGGGAGCCAUAACGAACCCGUUUGAUGACGGGUACUACCAAGGACCAGCGGACGGGUCGCUCGAAGCGGUUUCGGCUUGUACGGGUAUUUUUGGGAAAGGGGCUUAUCCGGGUUACCCGGGUGAGGUGUUUGUGGACAAAACAACAGGUGCUAGCUACAAUGCUGUUGGGGUUAAUGGGCGCGAGUAUUUGUUGCCGGCAAUGUGGGAUCCACAUACCUCCAAGUGCAAAACAUUCGUGUGAGAUAGUGAUAGUGUGAUACUUACUAAAUGUUGGGUUUUGAGAAAUGAAAAGAAAAAUUACAUAAUGACAAUAGUAAGAUCUAAGAACUAUACAUGGGAGAGAAAUUUGAAAAGAAAAAAAAAAAUUGUAUAUCUGUAUUUGUAACUUCGUAUAUGUGUUUUUUUCCUUUUCCCUUUUUUUUUUGGGUAUUCUUUUCUACUUAUAAUAAAAGGUGACAUUCAAUCA